AUUUUUUGGGGGUAUCUUGUUAAUCUCCGCGUAGCAGCCGGGGAAAGGGAGUAAAUGGAAUUGACGCUCUGAGAUCGGAGUACUGCAGCCCCCCGGACAAGUGAGAGGAGAAGGAGGGGGGCAACCAAACACCCCCCCCUCCCAAAGUGAAGCCAGGAGAAGGGGGAGAGAAGAAGAAGAGGAAAAAAGGAGAGAAACUGGGACUCCAAGGCAGGGAGCCGGCGACUUCUGGGGAACAACUUGUUGCAAACAGAUUUGCCAAGUGAGGAAUCCGCCUCUCACUCCCCGCCGGGACGAGAGGAAGCAAACGCACUGUGCCUCGCUCCUCGUCCCCACAGCCGGGCGCCGGGGUCCACGCUCGCCGCCGAGGGGAGAUGCUAUUUGGACCAUGUAACAUCGCUACCAGGAGUUGAGGCCGCCCUUUAACAUAACCAUGAAGCUGGCCGAGCGACUCGUGUGCUGGGUCAGCUGCCUGGUGAUCUCCGGGACCCUCCAGCCCGGCGCGGCGCAGGCAGUGUGCGCUGGUACUGAGAACAAGCUGAGUUCUCUGUCUGAUCUUGAGCAGCAGUAUCGUGCGUUGCGCAAGUACUAUGAGAACUGUGAGGUAGUCAUGGGCAACCUGGAAAUCACCAACAUUGAACACAACCGUGAUCUUUCCUUCCUCCGGUCUAUCCGAGAAGUCACGGGAUAUGUCCUGGUAGCUUUGAAUCAGUUUGAGUACCUCCCAUUAGAGAACCUACGCAUCAUUCGUGGGACAAAACUCUACGAGGACCGAAAUGCCUUGGAGAUAUUUCUUAACUACAAAAAGGAUGGUAAUUUUGGACUCAGGGAACUUGGCCUGAAGAACUUGACUGAAAUACUGAAUGGAGGGGUAUACGUUGGCCAGAACAAGUUUCUUUGCUACGCCGACACCAUUCAUUGGCAGGAUAUCGUGCGUAACCCACGGGCUUCCAACUUCACUUUGGUUCCAACAAAUGGCAGCUCAGGAUGUGGACGAUGCCACAAGUCCUGCACAGGCCGAUGUUGGGGACCCACAGAAAACCACUGCCAGAGCUUGACAAAGACAGUGUGCGCAGAGCAAUGUGAUGGACGUUGCUACGGGCCGUACGUCAGUGACUGCUGCCAUCGGGAAUGCGCUGGAGGCUGUUCCGGACCUAAAGACACUGAUUGCUUUGCCUGCAUGAAUUUCAACGACAGCGGAGCGUGUGUCACUCAGUGCCCCCAGACUUUUGUCUACAAUCCCACCACCUUCCAGUUGGAGCACAACCACAAUGCCAAAUACACCUAUGGAGCUUUUUGUGUCAAGAAGUGCCCACAUAACUUUGUGGUAGAUUCCAGCUCUUGUGUCCGUGCCUGUCCCAGCUCCAAGAUGGAGGUUGAAGAAAAUGGUAUAAAGAUGUGCAAACCCUGCACUGACAUUUGUCCUAAAGCAUGUGAUGGCAUCGGCACAGGGAGUUUAACGUCCGCUCAAACCGUUGACUCCAGCAACAUUGACAAGUUCAUAAACUGUACCAAGAUCAACGGGAACCUGAUCUUUCUUGUCACUGGGAUUCAUGGGGACCCCUAUCACACAAUUGCAGCAAUGGACCCAGAGAAAUUAAAUACUUUCCAAACAGUCAGAGAGAUAACAGGUUUCUUGAAUAUUCAGUCAUGGCCGCAAAACAUGACAGAUUUCCGUGUGUUUUCUAACUUGGUUACUAUAGGUGGAAGAGCCCUAUAUAGUGGCCUUUCCUUACUCAUCCUGAAGCAACAGGCAAUUACUGCUCUACAGUUCCAGUCGCUGAAGCAGAUCAGUGCUGGCAACAUCUACAUAACUGACAAUACCAACCUGUGCUACUAUCACACCAUCAACUGGACCAGCCUCUUCAGCACGCCCAACCAAAAGACAGUGAUCCACCACAACAGAAACCCUGAGAACUGCACUGCAGAGGGAAAGGUGUGUAACAACUUGUGCUCAAGUGACGGCUGUUGGGGGCCAGGGCCAGACCAGUGUCUGUCCUGCAAACGCUUCAGCAGAGGAAGGACCUGUAUAGAGUCUUGUAACCUUUAUGAUGGGGAAUUUCGAGAGUUUGCGAAUGGUUCUGUGUGUGUGGAGUGUGAUCCUCAGUGUGAGAAGAUGGAAGAUAACAUGAUCACAUGCUAUGGGCCGGGACCAGACCACUGCACCAAGUGUUUCCAUUUUAAGGAUGGCCCCAACUGUGUGGAAAAGUGCCCCGAUGGCUUGCAGGGGGCAAACAGCUUCAUUUUCAAAUACGCCGAUGAGGACCGUGAGUGUCACCCUUGUCAUCCAAACUGCACUCAAGGGUGUAGAGGUCCCACUAGUCAUGACUGCAUUUACUAUCCAUGGACGCGCCAGUCCACCUUACCACAGCAUGCUAGAACCCCCCUGAUUGCUGCAGGCGUGAUUGGUGGACUCUUUAUCAUCAUCAUUGUGGGCUUGACGUUUGCCGUUUAUGUUCGGCGGAAAAGCAUAAAAAAGAAGAGGGCCUUGCGGAGGUUCCUGGAGACGGAGCUGGUGGAGCCCUUGACCCCAAGUGGCACAGCACCCAACCAAGCACAGCUUCGUAUCCUGAAGGAAACUGAGCUAAAGCGAGUCAAAGUCCUUGGCUCUGGGGCCUUUGGAACCGUGUAUAAGGGUAUUUGGGUUCCCGAAGGAGAAACAGUAAAGAUUCCUGUGGCUAUUAAAAUCCUUAAUGAGACGACUGGUCCCAAGGCAAAUGUGGAGUUCAUGGAUGAAGCACUUAUCAUGGCAAGCAUGGAUCAUCCACACCUGGUGCGAUUACUGGGCGUCUGCUUGAGCCCUACUAUUCAGCUCGUCACUCAGCUGAUGCCCCAUGGCUGCUUGUUGGACUAUGUUCACGAACACAAGGAUAACAUUGGCUCGCAGCUCCUGCUGAACUGGUGUGUCCAGAUAGCCAAGGGAAUGAUGUACCUGGAAGAGAGGAGACUGGUUCACCGGGACUUGGCAGCCCGGAAUGUCUUGGUAAAAUCACCAAACCAUGUGAAGAUCACUGACUUUGGCCUGGCCAGGCUCCUGGAAGGUGAUGAGAAAGAGUACAACGCUGAUGGAGGGAAGAUGCCAAUUAAGUGGAUGGCUCUGGAAUGUAUACACUACAGGAAAUUCACCCAUCAGAGCGAUGUUUGGAGCUAUGGUGUCACUAUCUGGGAGCUUAUGACCUUUGGCGGAAAACCCUAUGAUGGAAUCCCGACACGAGAAAUUCCUGACCUGUUAGAGAAAGGGGAACGGUUGCCCCAGCCUCCUAUCUGCACCAUUGAUGUGUACAUGGUGAUGGUGAAAUGCUGGAUGAUUGAUGCUGACAGUCGGCCUAAAUUCAAGGAAUUGGCUGCUGAAUUUUCUAGAAUGGCUCGAGACCCUCAAAGAUACCUUGUCAUUCAGGGUGACGACCGUAUGAAGCUCCCGAGUCCAAACGACAGCAAAUUCUUCCAAAAUCUGCUGGAUGAGGAAGACCUGGAAGAUAUGAUGGAUGCUGAGGAAUAUUUAGUUCCUCAGGCCUUUAACAUCCCUCCUCCUAUCUAUACCUCCAGGGCUAGAAUUGACUCCAACAGGAGUGAACUUGGACACAGCCCUCCUCCUGCCUACGCCCCUAUGUCAGGAAACCAGUUUGUGUACAGAGGCGGCGGCUUUGCUACAGAACAAGGAGUGCCUGCACCAUACAGAGCUGUCAGCUGCAUAACUCCGGAGGUGCCAGCCAUCCAGGGGGCCACGGCAGAGAUCUUUGACGACACUUGCUGUAAUGGUACGCUACGGAAGCAGGUGGCCACCCUCGCACAAGAGGACAGCAGCACUCAGAGGUACAGCGCUGACCCAACAGUGUUUGUACCUGAGCGGGGCCAACGGGGCGAGCUGGAUGAAGAUGGGUACAUGACUCCGAUGCGAGACAAACCCACAACAGAUUACCUGAACCCAGUAGAGGAGAACCCAUUUGUCUCCCGACGAAAGAACGGUGAUCUUCAAGCUCUGGACAACCCUGAGUAUCACAGCGCCCCGAACGGGCAGCCCAAAGCAGAGGACGAGUAUGUGAACGAGCCGUUGUACCUCAGCACCUUUGCUAAUACCUUGGAAAACGCGGAGUACCUGAAGAACAAUGGGCUUCCUUUGCCAGAGAAAUCCAAGAAGGCCUUCAACAACCCGGAUUACUGGAAUCACAGUCUGCCACCACGAAGCACCCUCCAGCACCCGGACUACCUGCAGGAGUACAGCACAAAAUAUUUUUACAAACAAAAUGGACGGAUCCGGCCCAUCGUGGCAGAGAACCCUGAAUACCUCUCUGAGUUCUCCCUGAAGCCUGGCACUGUGCUGCCUCCGCCACCCUACAGACAUCGAAACACGGUGGUGUAGUGACAUCAGUAUUACACAAGUAGAGAGGCAACCCCUUCUAGCCGCCAGUCUCUCUUUCUUUCUUUCUCUCUCUCUCUCCCUCUCUGUCUCCCGUGAGCUUCCUCUUUUUGCCAGUUCACUCACUUUGAUAUUUCCAAGUAGAAGGACACCUUUGAGUCAUUUGCUGAUCAGGUUAGGAACCUGGAAGGAAAGAAAGAAAGACUAAAUGAAGGAAUGAAAGAAGGCCAAAAGCUGGCAUUUCUCACCUUUCACAGACCCUGAGGGUCAGAAGGUCAGACGAACCAGUGAAUACCAGUAAAGGCCAGUGGCAUGUUGGCUGCUGUCAAGUUAGUUCUCAGUGAUUCAACUCAGAUGCUGUAGGGGAAGUCACACAGUGUCUGUUUCUAUCAGCAGAAACUGAGGAAAGCCUAUUCAGCAUUCCUGGAAAUCGCAAUGCAGUUUCCAUUAAGGGGGGAAAAAGGACAAUUUUUAUAUCACAUGUGAUAGCAUAAUAAUUGAGAUUGGAGAAGCCAGUUUCUUUCUCUAACACUUUCUAUCCUGGCAACUGAAAACAGCUAACCCAACUUUUCAUAACCAUUCAGUUCUUCAUCACAGCCAUCAAAGAAAUAACU